AUGACUGAGCCCAUGGGAUUCCCCAUCAAGGCCUCCCUGGCUGCGGGGCCGCUGUGCUCGGGUCCCGGCAUGGGGCUGGCCGCAACUCCGGGAGGGAGCUCCACUCCUGGCUGCGACACGUGCCUGCGGGGCCAGCUCCAGUACCGCGGCCCCCGCUGCUGCCACCGUGCUGGGGGUCCCGAGGGCGAGGGGCACCUCCCUGCGCUGCUGCUGGCCAUGUGCGAGCAAGCGGUCAGCCUGCGGGAGACGAACCGUGGUGGUGCCCAGCCCUGGGGUGGAGGGGAGCUGUGCCCACAGCUCUGGGAUGAGGAUCUGGUCGGGGGCAAGUAUGAGAACAUAACGGGUUUUAACCUGAUUAAAAGGUUCGACCUGCUGAAGAUCUCCUCCAUCAAGAAAGUCCGCAACCCGAGGGGGCCGGUGGUGCUCCGGCUGGGUGCCGUGCCGCUGGUCCAGCCCACGCAGCAGGUGUUUCCCCGUGGCCUCCCCCCCGCCUUCACACUCGUCCUCACCCUGCUGCUGAAGAAGAACAGCACCGGGGAGCACUGGUACCUCUUCCAGGUCACCGACCGGCAGGGCUACCCCCAGCUCUCCUUGGCCGUGCAUGGCCCUGAGAAGAGCCUGGAGUUUCAAGCCAGGGCGCCGGGGGCCACGUUUGUCAGCUCUGUCUUCGCGGGGAAGGCUGUGGCGUCCCUCUUCGACGGGCGGUGGCACAAGGUGGCGGUGGCCGUGCAGAGCCACUCCAUCUCCAUCCACCUCGACUGUGCCUCCAUCUCCUCCAAGCCACUGGCAUCCUGGCGACCGCUGGCCCCGGAGGGCAACGCCUUCCUGGGGCUGGAUGCCGUGCGCGGCACCCCGGUCCGGUUUGACAUCCAGCAAGCUCAGAUCUACUGUGACGCCGAGCUGGCCAGGCAGGAGGGGUGCUGUGAGAUCUCGGCCAGCGGGUGCCUUGUGGAAGCACCCAAGACCCGUCGGCAAGCAGAGCUGAUGCAGAGCAGCAACCUCAUCGAGAUCUCGCCGCAGCCGGAGGGCCGGGUGUACACCCGCUGCUUCUGCCUGGAGGAGCCGCUGGGCACGGAGCCAGUGAGGACCUCAGGGAGGACUGGCCUGAAGGGAGAUCAUGGGCAGAAGUGCCCGCCCUGCUCGCCACAGACGGCCUCGGCAAACGUCACACUUGGUCCCCCGGGUCCAAAGGGUGGGAAGGGCGAGCGCGGCCUCCCCGGCACCACUGGCAGCAAGGGGGAGAAAGGCGACCGUGGCAUUGACUGCGUGCACACCCACCCCGGCGGCCCUGUGCAGUGCGCUGAGGGGCCACGGGGCGAGAAGGGGCAGCGCGGAGAGGUGGGGCUCCCAGGGGCAGCCGGUGCCGAUGGGCAGAAGGGCCAGAAGGGCGAGAAGGGCGACGGGGGACUGCAGGGCAAGCCGGGGCGCCCGGGGCGCGAUGGCCGGCCAGGAGAGAUUUGCGUGGUGGGCCCCAAGGGCCAGAAGCCAGGCCCCCCAGGGAAGCCAGGCUCUCCGGGGAUCGGCUUUCCAGGGAAGCCGGGUGACCCUGGUGGCCCCCCGGGUCCGAAGGGAGAAAAGGGACCCCCCGGCGUCCUGGGGCCAAAAGGAGACAAGGGUGAGCCAUGCGAGGUGUGUCCCACUGUCUCCGAGGGGAUGCUCGGUGCCACCGGGCUGCCCGGCAAGCCAGGACCCAGGGGAGCGCCGGGAGCGCCUGUUCCUCCUCAGGGAGAUCCCGGCAUCCACGGGAUGAAAGGGGAGAAGGGGGACUCCUGCCUGUCCUGUGAUGCCCGCGUCCUCGCCGCACUGCUGCGGGGUCCCACCGAGGGGCCUGAGGGUGUGCCAGCACCGGCGCUGCUGCAGCCGGGGCCGCUGGGGGAUGGCGGCCAGGAGGGACCCAUGGGCAGACCGGGGCUCCCAGGAGACAAAGGGGAUCCAGGCGUGCAGGGGCUCAAAGGAGAGAAGGGCGAGCCGUGUGGGCAGUGCCCUCCCGUGCCACAGGCCCUCGAAGGGGCAGCAACGGUGCUGGCCGUGCCCGGGCCACCGGGGGAGAGGGGCCAGGGCGGCCCCCCGGGCAGAGCGGUUCCAUUCCCCCAGGGCAGACCCGGCGACGCUGGCCAGAAGGGACAGAAGGGGGAUGCGGGCAGCCCCGGGGACCCAGGCACCCCGGGCAUGGCCGGUCUCCCGGGGCUGUCGGGUGAGCCUGGCAUCAGGGGUCCGGCUGGCCCCAAAGGCGAGAAGGGAGACGCCUGUGAGCCCAGUCCUGCUCCAACUGGGGACUUCUCGGAUGUUGUUAGCAUCCCGGGAAAACCCGGGGCCAAAGGCGACCAGGGCCCCCCAGGCAUCGGCCAGCCGGGCAGACCUGGGAAGCCGGGACUGCCGGGGGUUCAGGCGCGGGGACCGUCCCCUUCCCUCCUGCAUCUCUUCCAGGGGCCGCUGGCCGUCAUGGCUGAGAGGAACAUUGAGGUGCUGAAGACCCUCUGCGGGGACUGUGUCCAGCUGCAGGCAGCCUUUGAAGCACCCAGCAGCGUCAAGGGGGAGAAGGGGGACAGGGGCAUGCCGGGCGCCCCUGGCAGCGAGAGCUGCGCCCACUGCUUUGCCCAGUUCCCGAGUGCAGAGGAGGCGCGGGGUGACAGUCCUGACCCGGACUGCGUGGGCGAUCCUGGGCUGCCGGGCGCCCCGGGCAUCCCUGGCGAGAGAGGCGAGCAGGGCUCACCAGGACUACGGGGACCCCCGGGGCCACCUGGGCCCAUCGGCCCCCCAGGCUUUCCUGGAACGCCUGGCGCACCCGGACUGCCCGGUCUCCAGGGGGAACGUGGCCCUGCCGGGCUUGCCGGAGCCAAAGGGGAGCCGGGACCUCCAGGGCAGCCUGGCUACCCCGGCGCGACGGGUCCCCCCGGCCUUCCCGGCAUCAAAGGCGAGCGAGGCUACGUGGGCCCCCCUGGGGAGAAGGGGGAACUGGGACCCCCCGGCCUGGAUGGCCUCCCCGGUCCCACGGGACCAGCGGGGCCAAGGGGCGAGCGUGGGCUCCCAGGCAGUGCUGGCGAGAAGGGGGACCAGGGUUUCCAGGGCCAGCCCGGCUUCCCGGGGCCGCCGGGGCCCCCCGGCUUCCCAGGGAAGGUCGGUCCAGCCGGGCCACCAGGGCCCGCAGCGGAGAAGGGCAGCGAGGGCAUGCGUGGGCCCACAGGGAUGCCAGGGCCCCCCGGACCCCCUGGACCUCCAGGCAUCCAGGGCCCCGCAGGCUUGGAAGGACUGGACGGCAAGGACGGCAAGCCAGGGCUGCGGGGUGACCCUGGCCCGCCUGGGCCACCAGGGAUGAUGGGUCCUCCGGGCUUCAAGGGGAAGACGGGGCACCCGGGUCUCCCAGGACCGAAGGGUGACUGCGGCAAACCCGGCCCCCCAGGGAGCACGGGCCGGCCGGGAGCGGAGGGUGACCCUGGACCCAUGGGACCCCAAGGCCGGCAGGGACCCCCAGGGCUCAUUGGCCCCCCUGGCAGCCCAGGGCAGCCGGGUCCUGCUGGCCUCGCCGGAGUGGGGCUGAAGGGGGAGCGGGGCUCCGUGGGGGAGCGAGGUCUGCCAGGGAUGCCAGGACAGCCGGGACCCCCGGGCCACCCGGGACCGCCGGGAGACGUGGUGAAUUACGACGAGAUCAAGAGGUUCAUCCAGCAGGAGCUGAGCAAGAUGUUUGAUGGUAACGGGGCGGUGGGGGCGACGGCCGGUUGCACCCCGGCAUCGCCUCGUCCCCCCCCCGGCUCGCCGGGACCUGCGGGCAGCCCCGGGCUGCCGGGCCCCCCAGGGAUGAUGGGAGACGUGGUGAAUUACGACGAGAUCAAGAGGUUCAUCCAGCAGGAGCUGAGCAAGAUGUUUGAUGAGCGGAUGGCGUACUAUACCUCCCGGAUGCACUUCCCAGUGGAGAUGGUGGCAUCCCCAGGGAGACCCGGUCCCCCGGGGAAGGACGGGCUGCCCGGCCGGCCGGGACCCCCUGGCUCCCCAGGGAUGCCAGGGCAGAUCGGCAGAGAGGGGCGGCAGGGCGUGCCAGGCAUGCGGGGUGAGCCGGGUGCCAAAGGAGAGAAAGGGGAGAAAGGCGUGGGGAUGAUGGGGGACAGCGGCCCCCCGGGACCCCCAGGUCCCCAAGGGCCACCAGGCUAUGGGAAGAUGGGCCCCCCGGGCCCCGUGGGACAGCAGGGCAUCCCUGGCAUCCCCGGCCCCCCGGGUGCCACGGGGCAGCCGGGCAAGACGGGGCACUGCAGCCCGGCGGAGUGCCUGGGUGCCGUACCCCUGGAGCAGCCCCUCUUCCAGCCCAAAAACGUCAAGGGCCCCUUCGGCUGA